AUGUGAUCGUACUUUGAAAAUUUUCAUUUAGAUAGUAAAUGUUCUAGAAAUCGUGAGCUCCAAUACACCAUCAUGUCAAAUGUAGAUUUUAAUCUGUUGAAUGCGAAGCUGCUCAAGCGCUUGCACAAUCUUUGUAAUUAUGAUCCAGAAGAAAAAUUCAGACUUCUCAAACGCUAUAUAUCGCAUUUUGUGAAAUUGGUUCAAUGCGGAAGACAUUUCGAAACCUCGUUUAAAGAACAUUUACAGCUAAUUUUAUCCCACAUAAAUGACCGCACAAAACCGAUAGAUGUGGAAGCGCUUGGAGUGAUAGUUAAGACCCUCUGUGUUAUCUGUUGCAUUACUGCCGCUCCUCACCAACUAGUCAUCAUCGCUGCGCAGGCACUACUCGAAAUAUUCGAACGAAUUUCUUAUAAAGAAACGUCCGAUAUAUUGCAAUUCUGUGGAAAUCAUUUCCUAAAACUUAUGUCGCAUCUGAGCAAAUUUGGCCACUUUAAAAUUCAACAGCUUUUCAUUGAAUUGGUAUUCGCGAGUUCACAAAUUUUCGGCACACGAACAGAGCGACAAGAAUAUAUUCAGAGAAUAAGUAAUAUUUGCAGUAUGUGCUUGGAUCCACUACUUGAUUGGAAUUCAUCCCGUAUUUCUGCUGAAAGUCGUACACUGCUUAUGAAUUUGCAGGACAAAUCUAAUGGGGCAAAUGUUUUCUCGUUACCAAUAGAGCGCAUUCAAGUAGAUGGAUAUUUAUUCAAAAAAAUUGAUGACGCUGAUGCAUUUUGGUUGGAUUUUAAUUUUAAACCAGGAACAGUAUCGUUCUGUUCAUCCGUUGCUGUUUUGAAAGGUGAUAAUCAACAUGAGCUACAAAUAAAUCUUGAGAUUGCGCAUCGCGACAUAAUCCGUAUCGAACUAAAACAAUGCUAUGUGUUGGAAUACAAGAACAUUGCAAUUGAAUCAGGCGUAUUAGAUAUAAGGAAAGAAGGAAAAAUUCUUUUCGAAAUUCCAUCGCACUUAAACUAUGGUAAAUUCAAUCGUGACAUCAUUCCUCGAGUUCGAAAAAACAUUACGAUGGAGACGGAAAGAUCCCAACAAAGUCUAGUUCGGCUGGAAGACUUGCUUAAUGUUUCGAUUUUAGAAUCGGUAGCGUCAGGGUUUGCUCCUGGAAAAAACUCGAGCAAAUUGGACCAUUCUCUGAGAUUACGAGAGAAUCGUAACAUAAUUGAGCAACAUCAAAAUAUGCGCUGUCGUUUGUUGAGUGAUUCAAGCACCGAACGAAGCAAUAAGGAAAAUGAGAAGCCACAUGAUUUGAUGCGAGAUGUUCAGCCCUUGAACGUUUUUGAAUCCUUAAACAAUGAAUCCCUUCAGCAGCAAAUUGAAACAAAGCAUGCCUCUAAACGAGAUUAUUCGGAACUGGAAAACAUAUCACAUGAACCAAAAUGCAAUGAAAAAACAUUGAAAAAAAGAAAAUUAUUUAAGGUCAAAGAAGAGGAGAAAGAUGAUUUGGAUAGCAGCAAAGAUUCCCAGAUUAAACGGAGCAAAUAUGUGGAAAAGAAAUUGGUAAACACGGUGAAACCUAUGAACACAUACGAAAUGAAGCCUCUGGAUGUGUUACAAGAGCCAACAACAGAGGUUGUAAAUGAAUCAUCAACGUCAGAGAUAAUGUCAUCAGAAGAGUUUGAUCAGUCAUUGCGAGCAUACAUAAAAUAUAAUGGAAUAUUUGGCAUAAAACAGCAAAAAGUAUUAGAUAAAAAACUUGAAAAGAACAUUCGUAAAAUUAACGAUAUGGUUGAUCGUACUACAAAGAAGUUUUUCAAAAGAGAGCCAGAACCAGACAAUCCCUAUGAAUUUAAAGACAAGAGCCGGAAAAGGACCAAGACUAGCUCCGCAAGAAAACGUAAUGCAAGACCAAAUCGAAUGUCGGAUGAUGACGAAUAUCUGCCAAAUAAGUCUGCCAAAGCUAAGGCAAAGUCCGCAAGUAAAGGGAAUACCUCUAAUCGCAAGAGAACCAUUCAACAAUCACAACCAAAGCCAGAAAAUGUCCCACCGCGUGUUUCAUUACAUAGAGUUAAGAAACCCUUGCGUUUCAUUGACAUAACGUCAGACGGAAGUGAUAGGGACGACAGAACCAUACAGUCUUCUAUCGAUGAUAAAAACGACAUAACAUUGAAAGAAACGUUUGAAGAUUUGGACAAAUCCUCAACCAAUGUUCCAGGAAGCUCUGAACAACGAACUGGGUUCGAAAAUUUACUACUUGGAAGAAAGCCAACGUCUUCUGCAGUAAAAAAUUAUGAAAUCCAGUUCGAAGAUCUUAAGCGACAAGAACAGGAAACGGCUAAAAAAUUGUUUAAUGAGAAAGAACGAUCCGCUGAUGUAACCAGACCAGCCUUUCUUUCGGAGAUAAAUUCUUCCAGUAGUAUGAUGCCAAGAAACGAGAAAAAUCUUUUUCAAAAUGAUGUGACACCUUUCAUAGAGAGAGAAAAACAAACAGGGAACAACUUUGUAGACGUAUCUCUGCUGGAAGAUAAUAUGACUGCAGACACAUCCAUAGAGUUAGAUAAUUUCGCUCGGCCGAUUUCUAACAAAAGGAACACUCCCCUGAGAGGUACGCCAACACUAACCGAAUCACUGAUUAAAAAGCAUUUGUCGAACACCGAUAGCUACAACCAUAUCUCAUCAUCUCUGGAAGCCAACAUAAGUGGCGGAACAGUUAUAGCACACAAUGCCAUACCUGACAGCAGCUAUGAAAAUUUUGCAUCUAGAUUCAAUCUAGACUACGCAAAUAAGAACUACUUGCUGAAUAAGUUCAUUUCUAUAAAUGAUCCAACGGCUCUGGUUCCUAUGUGCAACGAGGAUACAAAGGAAGCCAAUGAGUCUAUCAUAAGCAAAGACAUGCGUGUCGGUAACAUAGAAGGACCUCCUCCAUCAUCUCUGUAUGAUUCUAGUGAUUUACUAUUCGUACCUGAAAACAAUCCACCAAAAAUAUCUGGUCAGCGAGCGGAAGCUAAUUGUGAAAAUAGAAAAAAGAAAAUUGACGAUUUGCGCCAAGAAGUACUAACCAAAAGGCGAGAUAGAGUGAGUAGUCAUCAUGAUUCAUCGAAUGAUAUUUCCCUCGGAAACGAAAGAAAGCAAACUGGUUUGACGUUGCGAAAGAUAUCGUACGAAUCCGGAACUACUCGUUCUGCUGCAAAACCAGCGGAGAUUACGUUUUACGACACUAUGACCGAUCAAUUCAAGCUUAAAAUCCACCAGGACUUGAAUCCAUCAUUGGAGGAAAUGGAAAAGAAAUUAAAGAAAUUAAAAGAUAUAGAUCGAACAAUCGAAAACAUUCAGGUGAACAUACAAGCUGAGGAGAUUGUCCAGAAAUGCGAUGAGAUUAAAAUGCUCGAGAGACGAGUCGAGAAGUUGAUUAAUGAUGUUACCGAUAUGUGCACCACAUCGGUGGAGAGGGGUAGUCGUGCGAUUGGGCUAUCCACCAAGCUAGUGAAAUACGAUAAAACGAAGCGUCAGAUUUACAAACUGCAUAUACAAGGCGGUCGGCAGGAGGUACCAGUUAUUAUGGACGAAUGUGUCAAGGGUAUUUGGAAUCAACAAGUACGCGGCAAGCUGGAAUCAUUUAUUUCAAAACUUAUGAUGUAAUUUUUUUAUUAUAAUCAUGACUCAUGAAUUGUACAUUUGAAUUCUAACAAAUA